AUGUUGAACCUCAAUCGACACAUCCCCUCAUCGUGCGCGCGACUUAUCCUCAGCGAUUCCAGCCUCAGACCGCAGCCUUUCCGCCACCUUCAUGCUAAGUUUGCCUACCAAUUCCCAAGGAGGAGAAGUUUAUUUUCGUCCCAUGCUAUCCUGCAGGAAGAAUCGAUUUCUGGGAAAGCCAAGACAUCCAAUGAUGGCACUUCUCCGCCAAAGCGGAAGACGAUCCGCGCGCCCCCCACGAAGACGUCCCUAAGGAGAGUUGCAGUUGAGGCUCAAAGAUCAAGGGAAAGCACGCUACGCCCGAGGAAGAUGGUCGCGGAUGGUAAAGGUAGCAAUAGUGUCACUGCGGUCUCGGUGGCGGAUCAAUUCGACAUGGAUGAGGUAGCCCGCCUCUUGCGAUCUCACGGCUUCCCAAUCGAUCCAGAUAGCACUGGUUUUGAAUUAGAGCAGGUCAUACACACCCGGGGCGUUAAUAAUGGAGACAUUUUUGUUUUCCCGUCUGGUUCUCUGGUUGCAUGGUCCUUACCGGAAGAUGUAGUCUCUGACCUGGCCACUAAGACUUUGCUCCCAGCUGCUAGAAACCCACACAUGGAUCAGAUGGAAAUGGAAGACUUGGAAUAUGCAGAAGUUGGAAAUAGAGAAAAUAGUAGCAUCAAGGGAGAUGUAAUUACGUUGGGCACGAAACCAGGUUCACAUAAGGAUGAAAGCUCAACUCUAAGGGUAGAUAAAACCCUCACCAAGAUAGCUUUCUCCUCAGGCCUGGCUCGCUCGACCAAACUCGCGGUGUUGGAGACGAUGCUUGAGAAGUAUUUCGAAUCAACUAGAACAAUCCCCACGCUCCUAUCUCGCGGCUUGAGAUUGCCAUUUAGCCGCAAGUUCAUGCUUCAAAAAACAGGCGAAUUGCUCGAGCUGAGAGCACAGUUAAACCACUAUUCUGAGCUCACCGAUUCCCUGCCAGAUCUUUUUUGGGAUAGUCGACAGGAUCUGGGACUAGAAGGAUACUACGACCAGGUUGGCAGGGCUCUCGACGUAGGCGUCCGAAUCAAGACCCUCAACGAGAAGAUGGAUUAUGCUCAAGAAAUCGCGAGUAUCCUUCGACAGACAAUGAGCGAGAAACAUAGUAUCCAUCUUGAAUGGAUUAUUAUAAUUCUGAUUGCAGUUGAGGUUGGCUUCGAGCUUCGACGAGAAUGGAAAGAGAGGAGGGAGAGAAUUGCGAAGGCAGAGGCAAUCGAGACGUAA